UGUAGCUUCUAUAAUUAUGCAAUCUAAUAGUAGAGCUAAAAUAUAAAAAUUAAGAUUGCAAAAUUCUACCAACCACAAAUUCACAAUACAAAAGUUUGUUAAAACAACUUGUAGAGGUGUAUAAAUACGUAGUGUGUGUGGUAUGGUCAUGCAUCUUCCAUCGACCACUGAACUUGUGCAUGAAAAAAAUCAUCUGUUCUUAAAACUCAAAUUACCCUAAAUUUUUUUACUUUGAUUACUUGAAUUUUUUUCUUUUCCCUAAGCUUUUUAGCUUAAUAACCUAUUCUUUCUAUUUUUAUAUUAAGCAUUUUGAUACCAUUCAAGUAGUAACAACCAUGGAUAGUACAACACUUGUUAUGGUUGUUAUUUCUAUUUUAUUUGUAUUUUUAUAUCAUGUCAAAUCCUUUUUUAUCCGUUAUUUUUCUAACAGGCUCCCACCAGGGCCAAAACCAAAGCCAAUUUUUGGCAACAUUUUCGAUCUUGGAGAAAAGCCUCAUCGAUCCUUUGCCAACCUAGCAAAAAUUUUUGGCCCAUUGAUUAGUCUAAAGCUAGGCAAUGUCACAACAGUUGUUGUAUCAUCCUCUUAUGUGGCAGAAGAGAUGUUUCUAAAAAAUGACCAGUCAUUUGCAAAUCGAACCAUUCCUGAUUCUGUUCGAGCUGGCAACCAUGACAAACUCUCCAUGUCAUGGUUGCCUAUAUCUCCACAAUGGCGGAAUCUUAGGAAGAUCUCUGCUGUCCAAUUACUCUCAACACAACGCCUUGAUGCUAGCCAAGCCCUAAGGCAAGCCAAGGUAUCACAACUUCAUGCAUACGUGCAAGAUUGCUCUAAAAAAUUGCAACCGGUUAACAUAGGAAGGGCAGCAUUCACUACUUCCCUAAACUUAUUAUCAAACACAUUUUUCUCAAUCGAACUAGCUAGCCACGAGUCUAGUACUUCCCAAGAGUUUAAGCAACUCAUGUGGAACAUAAUGGAGGAAAUUGGAAGACCUAAUUAUGCAGAUUAUUUCCCCAUUCUUGGCUACAUUGAUCCAUUUGGCAUAAGACGUCGUUUGGCUUCUUACUUUGAUGAACUCAUUGUUGUUUUUCAAAACAUUAUUUGCGAAAGGCAAAACAUUCGAUCAAGUGACGAUUCAAGUGCAAAACAUACAAAUGAUGUUCUAGACACACUUCUCAACCUCUAUGACAAGAAUGAGUUGAGUAUGGAUGAAAUUAAUCAUCUUCUUGUUGAUAUUUUUAACGCGGGAACAGACACUACUGCAAGUACUUUAGAAUGGACAAUGACAGAGCUAAUUAAAAAUCCAAAAAGUAUGAUCAUAUGUCAAAAUGAAAUUGAACAAGCUCUUGGAAAAGGUAGUUUGAGCAUUCAAGAAUCUGAUAUUUCAAAAUUGCCUUACCUACAAGCCAUCAUGAAAGAAACGUUACGUUUGCACCCUCCUACAGUGUUUCUCCUCCCACGUAAAGCAGACAGUGAUGUAGAGUUAUGUGGCUACGUAGUUCCAAAACAUGCACAAGUUCUUGUUAAUCUAUGGGCUAUUGGUCGUGAUCCAAAGGUGUGGGAAAACCCUGAAGUAUUUUCACCGGAGAGGUUCUUAGAUUGUGAGAUCGAUUUGAAAGGACAAGAUUUUGAACUUUUACCCUUUGGAGCUGGUAGAAGAAUAUGCCCUGGACUUAAUUUGGCAUAUAGAAUGUUGAACUUGAUGUUGGCUACUCUUCUUCACAACUACAAUUGGAAACUUGAAGAUGGUAUGACUCUUAAUGAUUUAGACAUGGAUGAAAAGUUUGGAAUUACAUUGCAGAAGGUUAAGCCUCUUCAAGUUGUUCCAAUCCCAAGGUAUUAAUAAGUUACUUACUAAAACCAAAAAAAAAAAAAAAAAAAAAAAAAAAAAAAAAAAAAAAAAAAAAAAAAAAAA